AUGUUCACCAAAAAUCAAAUUUAUUUGUUGUGGUUCAGUAAUUGUGUCAUUUUGACCGAAGACGGAGUAUUGUAUGGUUAUGGAUCUAACAUGCAUCGUUGCAUGACCAAGUGGUUCCAAAAUGCUUCAUCUCGUGCAACGAUUAUUAAUACUAAAAUAGAUAAUGAUGUGUUAAAACAUGUACAGAGAAUGAUUGGACGAUUUUAUUCAAUUGCCAUGUUAACACACAGUGGAGAUUUGUACAUUGUUGGAAAGGGAUUUUCAGAUGAUUUCAAAAAAGUGAAUAUUAGAGAUGAUAACGAACAAGAGCAAGAACUUUUGUCAUGCAAGUUUUGGAGAUUCACAUUCAUUAGUGUUGACGACAGGUGUCAAUUUUCAUCCACUUCGUCGUUUUUUAAAGUUACUCAAAUUGGCAAACGAAUUAAAUUUGUCGAGUGUGGAUAUUAUCACAUCAUUGCAAUAACGGUGGAUAAUGAAAUUUAUUCACCCAUCGUCUUUGCUUUCUGCAACAAAGAAAAUCAAGUACUAUGGAGCGUCAACUAUACCAAUACAUCACGGAAAGGAUUAUUAUUGAUUGAAAUUAGUAUUGAAUGUUCAAUCUUAUACGGAUGCUUCCAUAUUAUUUAUUGA